UUAUACAAAGCAUCGAAUUACAUUAAGUAUUCGGCACCUAAAUCGAAUCAUGAGACAACUUAAUAUUCAGCGACAUGCUCCCCCCACUCAGGUGGCCGCUGCUAUUCAGUAUGAGAUUUCCGGUAGUGGUGCAUAUCUCGGAUGUCGCAGCAUGGCAAAAAGGCUCAUGUCCAAAUAUCAUUUGAGAGCAUCCAGAGCCAUGGUUCUUCAAAUACAAAACGAGCUGGAUCCUGCAGGGGUGAAGCUUCGUAAGGAGCACAAAUUAAGCAGACGAGUCUACCGUAACGCUGGGCCUAAUUUUCUAAUUCACCUGGAUGGAUAUGACAAAUUGAAGCCCUAUGGCUUUGCUAUCCAUGGAUGUAUGGAUGGAUACUCCAGACGGAUUCUUUGGUUGCGAGUUGCCAAUACAAAUAAUGACCCUGCUGUUGUAGCUUCCUACUUCAUUGACUACGUGAAGAAAAUACAAGGAGUCCCAAGAUGUGUUCAGAUGGACGCAGGCACGGAGAACGUCACCAUACAAGAUAUUCAGACAGCAUUUAACAGCCAUGAUUAA